AGCCACCCAGCCUGUCCCCAGGCUCCAGGCUGUCCCCAAAUGCGCGGGGUGCGGCCGUGAACUCUCCUCCCUGGCCGCGCCCUGCCCCGCCCUUCACGACAGCUGCGGGGAACAGCCCGGAGUGCCCUGAGGGUGGCUGCGGUCCUUCCCCUCCUGGGUGGGGACCAGAGGGCGCUGAGCGGCGGCGGACACCCCCAAACACUCGCUGGAGAGGGGUGCUGGGUCCCUUUGAGCAGCCCGCCCAACCCUGCCCCCACCCUCCCAGGCUGGACAGUGGAGGUGCUCCUUGGGGCUUCAGACCCUUCUCCCUCCCCCUGCAACGGGACCCCACGAAAGGAAGGGUGGGGAGAAGGUUCGGGAAGACCAGGGGGCUGGGAGGUUUGGAAAGGCCACUCCACGCCCCAGUUCCCACUCCCGCCUCAGGCUGGUCCGGGAGGGGCAGACUCUCCCCGCCCCCAGGCCCGCGCGGCCGCUCCCUCCUCCCCCGGCAGGAUCCCCGGCCAAGUGGGCGCGCCCGGCCCGGGGCCGGCCGGGAUCCGGUGUCGGCUGCAGCUGGCAGUGCGGCGGGUGCGGGCGCCGGAGCGAGGGGCCCGCGGGCCCGGCUAUUAAUAACGCGGCCGCCAGCCCGGGGUCGCGUAGCCAUGGCCAGCCGGGAGCCCCGGCGCGGCGGGGACGGCGCCGCCCAGGCCGCGAGGAAAACAAGAGCAGAAGCCAAUUAUCCUCUUCCAGAGAACUCUGACUCCCUAAAUGAGGCAGAAGCCUUGAACCCAGAAGUUACUCUGUCUUCAGAGGGGUACUUAAACCUGGAAGACAUUCUCUACCUGGAGGACACAGGGGACCUUGAUGAGACACUCUAUGUGCAAGAGACUGAGAAGCCAGAGGAGGCCCUGUAUAUUGAAGAGGCCAUGCAGCCAGACGAGGCUCUGCAUGGGGAGGAGCCUGGGAAUCCAGAGGAGACAGUGAGUGUGGAGGAAACCAUGGAGCCAGAUUGGAUGCAGUUUGUGGAGGGGCCCGUGGAGCCAGGAAAGCCCACAAACCCAGAGCAGGUUGUUCAUGAGGGAGACACAGUCACAAGGGCAGAGAAAUCUAACCCUGAGGAGAGCCUCAGAGCCGAGCCGAGCCCCAGCAUGGAGGAGAACCUGAGCAUAGAAGACCUGGAAUUGCUAGAAGGGCGUUUCCAGCAGUGUGUCCAAGCUGUAGCCCAGCUGGAAGAGGAGAGGGAUCAGCUCAUCCAUGAGCUUGUAUUGCUCCGGGAACCAGCCCUGCAGGAGGUACAGCAGGUCCAUCAGGACAUCCUGGCUGCCUACAAGCUCCAUGCCCAAGCAGAGCUGGAGAGAGAUGGCCUAAGGGAGGAGAUCCGGCUGGUCAAGCAGAAGCUUUUCAAGGUGACGAAGGAAUGUGUGGCCUACCAAUACCAACUGGAGUGCCGCCAGCAGGACGUGGCUCAGUUUGCCGAUUUCCGGGAAGUGCUGACUACGAGGGCAACCCAACUCUCAGAGGAACUGGCCCAGCUCCAGGAUGCCUAUCAGAAGCAGAAGGAGCAGUUGCGGCAACAACUAGAAGCCCCUCCAAGCCAGAGGGAUGGGCACUUUCUCCAGGAAAGUCGGCGACUCUCUGCCCAGUUUGAAAAUCUCAUGGCAGAGAGCCGCCAGGGCCUGGAGGAGGAAUAUGAGCCUCAGCUCCUGCGGCUCCUAGAGAGGAAAGAAGCUGGGACCAAAGCUCUGCAGAAAACCCAGGCUGAGAUCCAGGAGAUGAAGGAGGCUCUGAGACCCCUGCAAGCAGAGGCCCGGCAGCUCCACCUGCAAAACAGGAACCUGGAGGACCAGAUUGCACUUGUGAGGCAAAAACGAGAUGAAGAGGUUCAGCAGUACAGGGAACAGCUGGAGGAAAUGGAAGAACGCCAAAGGCAGUUAAGAAGUGGGGUGCAAGUCCAGCAACAGAAGAACAAAGAGAUGGAACAGCUAAGGCUCAGUCUUGCUGAAGAGCUCUCUACCUAUAAGGCUAUGCUACCCAAGAGCCUGGAACAGGCUGAUGCUCCCACUUCUCAGGCAGGUGGAAUGGAAACACAGUCUCAAGGGGCUGUUUAGAAAUAUAUGGCCAAAUCUGUAACCCAGAAACAGCAAAAAACUUCUUAGCAAAGGAUCACUAAGUACCCUCUGGACGUUCUCUUCCAAACAGACAAGAGUGCCAGGAACUUGGCAAGCAUUUCAUCCUGUGGAAGUUGCAAAUACUGGCUGACCUGCUUAAAAAAAGAUUGUAGAGUUCGCUGGAGGCAGAACACCAGUCAACUCUUUGCUGGAUUCUAUUUCAUCUGCUGUUGAUACUGAUCUUAACACACUAUGGAAAGGAAAAAUGAGCCUCCUAUCUUCCAGCAGCAACCCUCACACGCACUGAGUAAAGGAUGAACGUAUGGACGCAUCUUGGAGUAUUUUAAAGAAUGUAUCUUGCUUUGUGUUGACCCAAACCAAAAACAUUUUUGAGGGGCACAUGUGGGGUCAAAAAAAUAGCCAAUUUCCAUUACAUGGAUUUACAAUUUCCUUUCUUUUGUGCCAUGAGUGUUAGAAUUUAAAUGAAUACUUUUACAAAGUUUACUUUUUGCUAAAGGAUAUACAUAUUGUCUACUCUUAAAAUUGUGUCAAUUUAAUUUUCACUAUACUCUAAAACAACUAGACUUGAAGAAAAGAAACCAAUCAAGAUUUGAAUCUAAUGGUUAACGCUAUUCAGAUUUUCCCAAGGAUCUUACCUCAUCAAAGUGGUUUUGGGUCAGAAUGAUCUACUCAGUUAAAAAAAAACAACAAAAAACUAAGUGGAAAAAACCAGGCAUUUUAUCUGGUUAUUGCAUCUGGUGAUAAGAGGCUUUCAAAGCUUAUUAUUUCUAACCUCUAAGUAAAGGCCCCAGUGAAAAACAUACUGGGGAGACAAAACCUCUCUCUGAGAAAAGGUUCAAGCACCUUUUCCAAAUUUAAAUUUUGCCUUAAAUUCUCUCUACCACACUGCCUUUGACACUCUUGAAAGUCCAUGUAGUUCUCUAGAGAUCGACUUCAAAGAAACGUUACCUUAUCAAAGACUAAUCUGUGCCACCUCUGAUUCAGUGUUUUAUGUCUUUCACUUUCCCUGUCAAGGAGUAAAGCUCUUUUCUACAGCUCUGGGACUAUUAUAUUUAAUUCUGCUCUUGAUAGUCAAAGACCACAGAAAACAACUGUCAUCUGAAGGACUCUUCUAGAAGUCAGAGACUGGUGUUUGAUGGAUGUUUUAUACUAAAUAAAACCCAUCAGCAUGGGGUUAUGUAGAAAAGCAAUUUAUUCCAUUUUAAGCACUUACACAGUUAGUCAUGGAGAGUAACAGGCCUGCUGGUGAAACAGGUCACGCAAAAUGGAGAUGGCAUCAAACUAGUGGUCAAGGACUAACUCCUAAAAAAAAGCAACUCUUAUCAAGGAUUAAUUUAAUUUUUAAAACAAAUACAAGUUAUUGAUUCACUCUUCUCAACUUGACAGUCUGCCUGUGGUGUAACUGUCAGGUAAAAACAUACAUCUUUACAACUUGGUGGUCCCAAGUUAAAAAAAAAAAAACAACAAAAAACACACCAUUUCACAGACAGGAAAGAAACAACAUGAAAACAGCUGAAGAAAUACACUAACGAGCAAAAAUAUAUGAAUAUAUGGGGAAAGAGGAACAUGUAGUUUUGACUUAACUGAGGAAACCAAGAGGAAACUGGUCUACAUAUGAAAAUGUGCAUCCUGGAAAGUCAGGUGUCAAGAUUUUCGAGUAGGAAUCUAUAUGACUUGAAUCUCCCCUAUUUCCUGAAUAAAAGUGACAUCUUUCAGUAUUUAUACUUCAUGGCUCAGACACCUACCUCAUUUGGCUCUAUUCCUUACUCACUCUAGCUUUUACUUAAAUGAGUCUGAAAAACUUGGGGAUAUAUA